UUCUCCUCCUCGUGUGCAUUCAAAGCUUCUGGCUUCUCUCCUCGUUCUCUCUCUCUCGCCGUUGCAUCACCAACACACCGCCCUUCCUUUUUUCUUUCUUCCUUCCUUUCCGUCUUUGAAUUCGGUCGUCGUUGUCGCAGCUGCUACUACUGGUUGUCCAUUGUGACUCUGAAAAAAAUCGUUCCGUCAUUUGAAAAAAAAAAUCUUCAUAAAGAAUAAAAAAAAAGAACAAAAAAAAGGAGGAAAAAUCUCGGACCAACCGCAACCAGCAAGGAACAGCACACUGCCUGCCGCACCCACAUCUGCACGCACAGCAUCGCCACACCAAAAAAAUCCACUCACCGUCUUCGACAAACAGACUGCUAGAAAGCCCACACAGGAAAUUGAAAAACAAAAACUCAAAACUCGCACUCUACCUAAUUUUGUGUACUCUAUCCGGCAUCGCACUCCUUUUACAGCUUCAGUACCAUACUUUUGUUCCUUUCUCAACGGUCUUGCGAUUCGAUCGACCAACAGCACAUAAUUUCCCCGGCAAUCUCGACUCCAAACAUACGCAACUCUUUGGAAGAUACCCGGAUUACAGUUCCUUCCUGCAAUCACAACAUCUGAUCGCGACGGUACUUCUUUGUUCUUCUCGAGACAAAGCUUGCACUUGCCGUCUGGAUCGGCCAACCCGAGAUCAAAAUCUAACACUCUUUCAUCAAAAGUCACCGACCACGAUCCUUCGUUAUACCCCGGCUUCUAGACAAGAUUGAUUAAUCUGUUUUCGAUAUCCCAACCGCCCAUUUCACACCAUUCUUCUUCUGUCAGAUACUCUUUUUUGGAUUUACAUAUCCUCUUUUUCUUCCUUACUCCCAGAGAGAUAGACUUUGGUACGCGCGAAACCAGAAAACGGCUCGAGAUCGAUUCUUCAGUCUUAGUUUGGACGUCAACCAACAUAAUUUUCAACGCAUUCGGACAGCUUUUUUAGGUCAUUUAUCGGUUUAAUUCGGUCCUUUGCCUCGAGUCAUCUGGAACUCGACCACUUCUUUUUGCCUCGUUCAAACAAUUUUUUUUUCACCCACCUUCGCCAAUCUCCAACGCAAUGGACGCCAUCGCUGCCAUGCCUCAGCCUGCCGGUUUCGACAGCCAAGGCUUGUCUGCUCGGGCUGGUGGUCUCGCCUCGCGCCGCGGAGGCCAGGGAGUGAAGCCCCUGACCUUCGACCAGAACCUUUCCCCCGGAGCUAUUGAGCCCGCCGCGCCUACUCCUCGCACCACGGCUCGCUCGCAUCUUCUCGCUGGUCUGCGAACUGCGCCUAAGAGUGCCACGGCCGCGACUUUCGCUCAGUCUGGUACCAUCAAUGCUGGCACCACCGGGCAAAACAGGAACUCUCUCCUCGGCCAUGAGUCCCUGUACAACGGUCCGAAGACGUCUCUUCCUCGCUUCGCUCAGCAGCAGGGACAGAACACCACUCUUGAUUUUGCCGAGCUUCAGCAGCAGCGUCUGCAGGAGCAACAGCAGCAACAGCAACAGCAGCGCCUUCAGGAGCAGCAGCAACAGCAGCAGCUGUAUCUGCAGCGCCAGCAGGAGGAGCAGCUCCUUCAGCAGCAGCAGCAGCAGCAGCAACAGCAACAGCAGCAACAGCGGGCUGCUGAGCAGCGACGUCUUCAGCAGCAGCAGCAACUCUACACUGCUGACCAGAUUCUUGCUCCUCCCGAGAUCCGUAUCGAGGAGCAGAGCCCUGAGCACAUGGACCCUGCCGUUUACGCCAACCUUGUCUCCACCAACCUGUACCUCGCUCAGCAGCAGCAGCGUCUUCAGCAGCAGCUCAUGACUCUCCAGGCCGCCCAGCAGCAGUUCCAGACCAUGAACAUCAACGGUGUUCAGAACUACCACACUGCUUACCAGCAGCAGCAGCUUCAGCAGCAACAGGCGGCGCUGAUGCAGCAGCAGGCCAUGAUCAAUGGUAUCCAGACUGCCCAGGGAACCAUUUACGCCAUGUACGACCCCGUGACUGGCCAGCCAUCCUACUACCUUAACCAGUCCCCUCAGGUCCAGAACCAGUACGGUGAGCAGUAUGGGUACCAGGCGACCCCCCGUGUCCAGGUCUCGCCUCCUCCGGCCGAGUCACACAUGAACGGCUUCCGCAACUCGUCCCCUCCCCGCCGUUUCCAGUCGCCUGGAGGCGAGGACCACACUCCUCUGCCGCCCCCUAGCGCCAACGCCUUCCGUCGCGGCCACAAGAAGUCGACAUCCAUCUCUAACGGUCAGGGUGGCCUCUCGGUGGCUGUCAACGAUUCCAGCCCCAAGUCUGCUGGACCUAAGACGGCAAACUUCCCGCUUACACCCGGCGGCUAUGGACCUGGUCAGGCGCGUGCGGGUGAGCACCCCAUCCGCCAGCCCAAUGGACCCCCGUCGUUCGACGAGCUUCGCUCCAAACCUACUUCGAAGCACGAGGGCAGCAAGAACUUUGCUGGUCGCGCCAGACGCUCGGCUCUGAGCAACCUCGUCCGUGCUGGCAUUACGCGCUCACAGGUCCGCAGCCCUGGCUCUUCUGGCAGUAUCAGCCCAAUUUCUGAGUCAGCCGAGGAGAUGCCGACCCCUCUCACUGAGGACGACGAUUCGGUUUCGGGCUCGGGUAGUCUCAACGGAGACGACGACGUUGACUGCCACCCGCCUAGCUCGCGGACCUCAACUGGCAGCUGGGGUGCUAUCGGCAGCAACAGGCCCGCUUCCAAGGCCGCAGACACAGUUAGCAUUGCUAGCGACUCGGACAGCGUCAGUGGAGGAGGAUCAUUUGCGAGCAUGUUCAAGGUGGCUGGGAAGCAGGGUGGUCUGGACGGGUCUGCGCCUCGCAAAACGCCAAUGUUGGUCCUGAACCGCGCUGGUGCUGUGGCCAGGUAAACCAACAUUCAAGCAAGAAGGACCAGUUUGAGCAGUGUUGAUUGCUUCGCUCAUCUGGUUCUUUUUCAUGUCUCUCUUAGCAUUCGUCUUCCGUCAUUUGUAGUCAUGCUUUGUUUCGCAAUUUAACGAAAAUGGAGUUUCAACCUCAGGGGUGGUUUUGGCUUUUUGCAAAUUGCUUUCUUGUACCUUUGGCUUUUUAAACUUUAUUCUCUGUCACUGCAUGCCUACUCUUUACGUCUUUUGAUCAAACCAUGGAAAUUUUCCGUGAUUUGCACUUCCACAUAACGUAAUAAACGAACAUGGUAUUUCAGCACUUUUUUCUUGCUUUUUUGUUCUCUAUAUUCUUUUUCUGGGAAGUUCUUGGUCGCGGAAGCGACGUAUACUAUUUUCUUCUUGGUGGUCACGAUUGAUUUACUUUCUUUGGCUCCUUCGAGGCCUAAUAUCUCUGGUUCUGCCUUGCAUGGUGAGGCUGGGGACUUUGGGUCAUAUCGGGGGUUGCAAGGGUGGCCUCUGAGCUUUCUGAACUUCUUAGGCUCCCUUUCUGUGACGAUGCUUGGGGUCUUUUUGGGGCGAAUUAUCAUGAGGAAACAUGACUUCACUUCAGCAAUCUCGAAGAUGGCGAACAGUCACCAAGAGUUUUGCAAAUAGAUGGGUUGCUUAUACCCACUUUUAUCCGAGUUCAAUCAAAAUGAGACUUUGGAAAUGUUGA